AGAUGGAAGGGAUGCGCGCAACAGCAACGAAUUCUACCUGCAUAUAAACUCGCUGCUGUUGUGCGCAUCCCUUCCACUGCUGUAACGAAGCUAAAACUGUGAUGAACACUGGCGGUUACUCAAAUCGCCAGAAUCCGUUCUGCUCCCGAAGUGGUCAGCACGAGUUUGUGUCAUCAUCGCGACUCAACGGCUUAUUCACACAAAAAAUCCUGUAACGUUCGCGCGUUUAGGAGUCGUCGAGCCCGCUUGUUCUUGCUCCUUUUUCUAACGCGUUGUUGGUGUUAAAGGAAAACCAAAACUAAAACUUAAACGGAGAAACAACAUAGAAGACAGAUUUGAGAGAAAAACGGAUGCAAAUUGAGCACUACUUUUACCAUGGACUAUAUUGAUCCAAGCUACACGUUAAUAAAUGCAGUUCGUGAAGGGAACCUAGAAAGAGCUAGGGAGAUACUGACUUAUUUUGGACUAUCUUAUUCACAAGCAUGGAAAGGAGGAUAUGUUUUACUUUGUGAUGCUAUUGAGAAUAAGCAUACUGAAAUUGUUAAACUACUUUUAACAAACGGUUCUAACGUUAACAGCAACACUGCCAAAUUUGAUAAUGACGAUUAUGAUACUCCACUUCAUCUUGCUGUUAUAAAUGAUGACAUAGAAAUUGUUAAGAUGCUUCUAGACAGACAUGCUGCCGUUAAUUCUUCAAAUAGAUAUAACACCGCUGCGUCUCGCUGUUCACACAGGAUUUGUAGAUGGUUUUAAGAUGUUUAUGGACCGAGUUUUUGAUGUUAAUAUUGAAAAUUGGUGUGGCAGAACUUUGCUACACGAUGCGAUGGAAUGUGGCGAAAUAGAGAUUGCCGAUUUACUUUUAAAUUAUGGAGCUAACGUCGAUGCCCGUGAUAUAGACGAUUUUACACCACUGUUUUUUGCUGUUCUAAACGGACAUGUAGAUGGUGUUACCAUGCUUAUUAACCGAGGUGCUAACGUGAAUGCUGAGACUCCAGAUGGAACAACUCCAAUUCACGAAGCGGCUAAAUAUGCGAAAAUUGAGAUUGUAGAAGUACUUUUAAAUCGUGGAGCUGACGUUAAUGCCUAUGAUAACUACGGUGAUACACCACUGUAUUAUGCUGUUGUAGAAAAACAUGUAAAUAGAGUUAAGAUGCUUAUAAACGGAGGUGCAAAUGUUAAUGCUGAAACUCGGUAUGGCACAACUCCUCUUUAUGAUGCGAUUGAAUAUGAGGAUUUGGAGAUUGCUGAAAUAUUAUUACAUCAUGGCGCUAACGUUAAUGCCCGUUGUUCUUACGGCAUUACACCACUGUAUUAUGCUGCUCGAAGAGGACGUGUAGAUGGUGUUAAGAUGCUUAUUGAGAGAGGUGCUAUCGUCACUGCUGAAACUCGAACUGGCACUACUCCACUUCACGAUGCGAUUGCAGUCGGGACGGAAAGUGCUGAAUUACUUAUACAUCACGGUGCUAACGUUAACGCCAGUGAUACAGACGGUGUUACACCACUGUAUCGUGCUAUUGAAAAUAGACAUGUAGAUGGUGUUAAGAUGCUUAUCGACAAAGGUGCUGAUGUCACUGUUGAAACUCGAGAAGGCACAACACCGCUCCAUUACGCUAUUAAAUAUGAGGAAAUGGAAAUUGCGGAGUUACUUUUACGUCACGGAGCUAACGUCAACGCCAGUGAUAUAUACGGUGUUACACCACUACUCGUUGCUGUUAAACAAGGACAUGAAAGAUUUCUUGCGAUGCUUUAUCGCAGAUUUUAUAAUGAUAAUGCUAAUAUUCGGUAUGGCAAAACUUCGCUUCGUAAUGCUACUGAAUAUAAGGAAUUAGAAAUUGGUGAACUCCUUUUAAAUCAUGGAGCUACUAUUAACGCCAGUAACGAUAAAGAUGUUGCAUUACUGUGGUUUGCUGUUCACAGAGGAGAUGUAGAUAUUGUUAAGAUGCUUUUAGACAGUGGUGCAAAUGUUGAUGCUAAAACUCGGUACGCCACAACUCCGCUACACGACGCGGUUGAAUAUGAGGAAUUGGAAAUUGCACAGUUACUUUUAAAUUAUGGAGCAAACGUUACUGCCAGUGAUCAGACAGAUGUUACACCACUACAUCUUGCUGUUACAAAAGGACAUAAACAAUUUGUUAGGUUGUUUCUUGAUAGUGGCGCUAACUGUCAUGCUAAAACUCAGGAUGGCUCAACCCCGCUUCACCAUUCGAUUGAAAAUGAGGAAAUGGAGAUUGCAGACUUACUGUUACAUCACGGCGCUAACGUAAAUGCCACCGAUAAUUUAGGUGUUACACCACUACAUUUUGCUGUUACAAAAGGACAUAAACAAUUUGUUAAGAUGCUUAUUGACAAACGUGCUUACGUCGAUGCUGAAACUCGAGACGGCACAACUCCGCUCCACAAUGCGAUUGAAUAUGAGCAAAUGGAGAUUGCUGAAUUACUUUUAAAUCAUGGAGCUAAUGUUAAUUCCAGUAAUGAGUCAGGUGAAACACCACUGUUUCUCGCUGUUAAAACAGGAUAUGUAGAUGGUGUUAAGAUGCUUUUGGUCAGAGGUGCCGAUGUCAAUGCUGAAAUUCCGGAUGGCACAACGUUGCUUCACUAUGCAGUUCUAUAUGAGAAAAUGGAGAUAGCGGAAUUACUUUUAACUGAUCAUGGAGCUAACGUUACUGCUAGUAACGAUGAAGGUGUUACACCACUGUGUCUUGCUGUUGCAAAUGGACAUAAACAAUUUGUCCAGAUGUUUCUUGACAGUGGUGUUAACGUUAACGCUGAAACUCGAGAUGGCACUACUUUUCUUCAUACUGCAAUUGAAUAUGAGAAAAUGGAGAUUGCAGAAUUACUUUUAAAUAACGGAGCUAACGUUACCGCUAGUAACGAUUACGGUGUUACACCACUAUUUGUUGCUAUUGAAAGUGGACAUGUAGAUGGCGUUAAGAUGCUUAUGGACAGAGGCCUUAACUGUGCUGUUAAAACUCGGUAUGGCAUAAGUCCGCUCCAUUAUGCGAUUCGACAUAAGAAACUAGAAAUUGCUGAUUUAUUUUUAAAUCACGGAGUUGACGAGAAUGCCACUGACUAUUCAGGUGAUACACCACUGUCUCUCGCUGUUAACACAGAAUACGUAGAUGCUGUUAAAAUGCUUUUGGUCAGAGGUGCCAACGUUAAUGCUAAAAAUCGGGAUGGCACAACUCCGCUUCACGUUGCGGUUGACUUUAAGUUAAUGGAGAUUGCUGAAUUACUUUUAAAUUAUGGAGCUAACGUUACCGCUAGUAACGAUAAAGGUGUUACAUCACUGUGUCUUGCUGUUAUAAGAGGACAUAAACAAUUUGUUAAGAAGUUUCUUGAUAGAGGUGCUAACGUUAAUGCUAAAACUCGGAAUGGCAGAACUCUGCUUUACAAUGCAAGUCUAUAUAACAAAAAGAAGAUUGCAGAAUUACUUUUAAAUCACGGAGCUAACGUUAACGCCAGUAACGAUGACGGUGGUACACCACUAUAUGGUGCUAUUAAAAGUGGACAUGUAGAUGGUGUUAAGAUGCUGUUGGACAGAGGUGCUAACGUUAAUGGUGAAACUCGGGAUAGCGCAACUCCGCUUCACGAAGCUAUUAAAAAUGGGAAAACGGAGAUUGCUGAAGUACUUUUAAAUCAUGGAGCUAACGUUAAUGCCAGUGAUAAGUCAGGUGUUACACCACUGUGUCUUGCUGUUGAAAAAGAAAAUGUAGAAUUUGUUGCGAUGUUGUUAGACAGAGGUGCGGAUAUUAAUGCUAUAUCAUAUAACGAUUAUUCUGACUUUUCUCGUCGCAUCUAUUAUGAAGAAAUUGCUGAGUUUCUUACACAGCAUAUAGUUAAGAUAAAAGCUGCAAAUUUAUUCGUAAGUGAACAAUUAUUAUCAAUGUGCAGCAAUUAUGAAAUAAGAGAUUUACAGGAUGAAUGUGAAACAGAAGUAGCAAUCAUGAAGAAUGAGAAAAUUAGUAAUACUACUAUAUCAUUUUACAAUAUCUUGAUAAAAGAUACAAAUCGAGUAGCAAUAUACAUGAGAAAUGAACAUGUAGUGCAGGUUUUAAGAUCAGACGAGUAUAAAAUAAAAUUUCCAAUAUACUCUAGCAUGAUAAAAAAUCAGUUCAGAAAAGGUAUGGAAAGAAAAGAGUUGCUCGAAGAAGGCACUAAAAGUUUCUAUUUUUUCUGUAACUUUUUUAAGCUACCACGUGAGUGUAUUGAACAAAUAUUUAGUUAUCUAAGUGAUAAUGACAUAAGAAUUUCAAUAGAUGGCUUGAAAGUCUGUUAGGUAAAUAUUUAGAAAAGAUUACCCUCCUCCGAUUUUAAUGAGCUUAACAUAUGUUGUCAAGGACAUUUUCCUGAGUAACAAUCCGUAAAUUUUAGCCGUCGUUUGUUGGUUAAAAAA